ACUUUUAAUUCUAUUAAUUAUAGAAUUAAUUCUAUUAAUUAUAGAAUUUAUUCUUUAAAUGUUCUUUGAAUACCUUUGAGUAUCAUUAAAUAGUUUUAAAUGCGUUUAAAUACUUUUUCAAUAUUUCAAUAUGAAAAGAACUAACGAAGUUUUGCGUGAGCUAACGAAGUUUUGCGAAGACGUUGUUCGCCCCGAACGGCAAAAGUUUACUUCAUUAUUCGAAAUUUCAGUGUACAAGCAUAAUCAUAAUAAUAAUUGCUCCGUACCCAAUAUCGAUGGUGAAUAUAUCGAGGAGAGCCCAAGCGACGAAGAGAUGAUGGAAGAACUCGUGGAAGAAGUUGUAGAAGAAACAUCAGAUGAUGGAACCAAGCAAAUAGAGCAGCAAAGUAGUCAGUGUUUUGAAGACGAGUAUGAAGAUGAUAAGGACCAAAUAGAUAUUGACGACAAUUUUCUUGUAAGCUUACCUGAUUACAUAAGAAAUAAUGAAGAAGUAAUUUCAGAAAAUAGUCAAUAUGUUGUCCUAAAGGGAAGUAACCUCGGAAGUAACAAAAAAGAAGUUAAAAUUAAAAAAUCUACAUUGUUGUGGUUUUUAAUCAACCCAGAAAGAAAGCUAAGUUCUGACAGAAUACAAAGAGUAAGAGAUGUAAAAACGAAUGUUAGUUCAAGUUCGGGUGUAAAAGUUAGAAGCAAUCGAACUAAGAAAAAAACAGUAACUAUUAGCGAAACAGAUACGGAAGAUGAAGAAAGCUUUAAGUCAGGUUCAUCCGAUGACCAAUGGGAAGAACAACAUGACGACAACGAUGAUGAUUUAGAAAGUACAAAUGUAUUAACAAAUGGUGACUGGAUUCUGGUAAAGUUGCCAGGCAAAAAAUGUUUUAAGCACUUUAUUGGACAGAUUUUAAAAAUUAAUAAAAGUGAACUGACAAUAAAGUUUUGUAAAAAAUACUCUGAUAAUAAAUUCAAAUGGCCAGAGAAGGAAGAUAUUGCUGUUGUGAAUAAGAAGGAUGUAAUCAAGCAGAUUCCCCAACCAAAUUUUAAUUUUAAAAAUAAUCGUUUAUUGUUUUUCACUUUUAAUGUAUCGUUUGCGGGAUAUAAUGUUUACUAAAAUGUAAGUUAUGUAGAUCACGAUACUUAAAAAAUGUUUCUAUUUUAAAUAUUGCAUGGUACAACGAAGCAUGAAAUAAGGUAAUCCAAUUUAUUAAGCACAUUUUGAUGCCAUAACUGUGGGAUGAAGAAUGUUUUACAUUAAAGUUUUCAACACUUUGCGCACACUUUUGAUGUUAAAAGGUAGUUACUUUCAAAGUUGUCGGUCAAAAUCUCGGUCAAAAUUGAUGCCGUGUCUGGCGAAAUGCCCUGUAAUUGGUUUACCCUUGUUGUACUAUGGUAAUAUUCCUUGAAGUUACAGAUAGUGUAUACCCUAGCAUGUACAUUUAAGUACAUAUUAAAUCCAUUUCAGUGA